CUCGAGAGAGCUCGAUGUUAGCUUUGUUAGCUCAAGUCAGCGACCCGCCCUGGAGGAGAGUUUAUUGCCUCUUUACGUGAUGUCAAGCCUGAAAUAUGUCUCGGUGUGACCUAAAGUGAGAACGCCAGUGGUCAGGAGCACAGUAGCGCCGGCAACUUCGCCAAAACACCAGUCCUCGUCUGAUGUACUGCGAUGACGUCAAUUGUGCCACCCGCAACAGUAAGAGGUUCCGAUGGCCACAUUUGGGUCUGACUGACAAGAGCUAUUAGCCUGGACCCGAUGGAAGGGUGACGGGAAGCCAUCAGUUCGACAGCAAGACGGCAGCCAAGUGGACCAGAAGUGCCAGGAACUGCUCUCGUCCCAGUGGUGAUCCGGCACGGCCAGGACCCAGGUGGACCAGCUGACAAACGUCAGUGAUGUUCCCGUCUUCCUACCAUUCACCAGCUGAGCAUAUCCGGACACAUGGCUCCAGAUCAGCUGACACAGGUGGAUGUUCCAAUAGUCAUGAGCAGCAGGGUGCAGCAGAGAGCGACGACCGCAGAGCCCAGCUGCAGGGCGCGGGGUCACUCAAGGUCACCAUCCAACACAGCAGUGGAGGUCGUGAGGUCGACACACAAACAGGCACACACACAGACGUUUUUCACUGUCACUUGUGCAAAGUCACCUGCAGAUGCCUGCAGUCUUUUCAGGAUCACAUGACUGGGCCAACACAUUUAAAUCGGAUUGAUGAGGUCACGAAACGCCUCGGCGCCAUUGCCCCACCUCUGCAGAAAAGGGGCUGGGAACCUGAGAAACAGCGCUGGUGUGAGACAUGUCAGAAGAAGUUCAGUGGUGAUGUCAUUUCCCACAGGCAGACCGCACAACAUAAGGUGUGUAAGCGAAGCUCGCGCCCCUUCUGUCCGGUCUGCAGACGUCACUUGAGGACGCCGAGGAAGUUUGUGGAACAUGUGAAGUCUCUGGAACACAAGCAGCAGGUCAAGCUUCAGGAGGAGGAGGAGCUUAUCACGCUGGACGCAGUCGGCUGUUUUGAGCAUGAAGAUAGAGGCCUCAGGGGUAUGGAGGGGGGAGGAACCGGAACUUAAGGGCAUAGGGGAAAGGUACUGAGGUGUGAGGGCGGGUCUCAGGGGUGAGGAUGUGGGGGCUCCAGUAUGAGGGCAGGUCUUAGGUGGGCAAGAGCGGAUCUUAGCGGUUAGGAGGGGGAGCUCCAGUG